AUGCCUACAUUCAGUUACGCACAAGCCGCGAAAGGCGUGUCUGACGCCCCAGUACCCACCAAGUCGGUUUCUACAGAGCCCGAGACAACCGAUUCCAAACCGCAAGAGCAAACGAACGAUGUUGUUGCAGAGUCGGCCCCCACCAACUCUGAGCCAGAGACUAUUCAGGAGACUGAGAAGGCGGCACCUACUGUUGACCAGGAUGCCGAAUUUACUACUGUGACAAGCAAGACCAAAUCUAAGGCUGCUCAUUCCCGGACCUCAUCUCCAAGCGUUAAAUCUACCACAACACAGCCCAAGGAAGGUGAUUCCUCAAAUACAACCAACGGAACCCAGGAGUCCUCGUCUGAGAAGCAGAACCAGACCGAUGUGAAGGCUGAGAAGACCGAUAAGGCCGAGAACAGCACAGAGGGACCGAAGGAGAAGUCCGGGAAAUCCGAGAAGGCUGAGAAGGCCGAGAAGACCGAGAAGAAUACUCCCCCGAAAGAGCUGAAGGCUGCUCCCCUCCCAUCAGUCAACAUUUGGCAACAGCGCAAGGAGGCUCAAGACCUUAAGGCCAAGACCUCACCAGUUCCUGCUUCUACCAAACCCGCAAAGGCAGCCGAUGAGAACCAACAGGAUUCGGCAAAGUCACACUCAAAGAAGAAGGGCACCGAUGGCACACAAGAAGGUGGCAAGGGAAGCAAAAAGAGUGAUAGCGCAAAGGGUCGCGAUGCUGCUGUUCCUUCAGUAGAGGACGCCUCUUUAUGGCCCACACCGCAGGUCGCUAUCGGCGAAGAGAAGAAAAAGGCACAAGAGAAGACGGACAAGACCGACAAAACCGAGAAGAGUCCAGUCAAUCGAUCCCAUGGCAAGGAGAAGUGGAUGCCUGUUAGCUAUGUUCCUUCAGCUGUUUUCACCACUCCUCUUCCAUCCGCUGGUCGCGGAGGAGGUCGUAGACCCGCUCGCGGUGGACGUGAUGGCGGUCGUGGUGGCGCCCACGGAGGUGCUGGCGCUGGUGAGAAGACUACUUCAGGCCAAGCUACCCCGGCUUCUGGGGGCAAGAACGCUGGAGACCGUGGCCGCAAUGAGGCUGGCACUAACCGUGCUGCUUCUCUCCCAGCCCAACCUCGACGCUCUAACAGUGCCGAUGUGAACAGUGCUGAGGGACGCAAGGCUCAAGGAGCCGAACGCAACAACCGUGGGCCUCGUACCGAAGAGGCAGCUACCUCAAAUGGAAAGCAAACAAAUGGCAGUGACAACAACACUCGCCCUCAGCGCGAUGGUAAGCAGACCAACAGAAACAACGACUCCCGGAAUGGCAAGAGUGGCCACUUGGCUGUUGAUGCCCAGGCCGCAGCUCGUACCAACGACCGUCGUUUUGAAUCUGGUUCCAAGUCGACUGACUUGAACCGUGAAGGUGGUGCCGGUGGUUUCCAGGAUUUCCACCGCGAGCGUGGCGACUCCCGUCCUGAGCGGGGAGGUCGGCCGAAUCGGGGCCGCGGUGGUCCUUUCUCCGGAUUUGCUGGCCAGAACGCUCAUUUCGGCAACGCUGGAAACAACUUUGUCCCUAAGAACUUCAACUUCAACGACCGCCAACGAUCACAACAUGGUCUUGCUAAUGGCUCACAACAAAGUAACCGCAUGCCUUUGAGAUCGCCUUCUUUACCCGUUUCUGCCAACGUGUAUGGUGGUUACCCCUUCCCAGCUGAGAUCAACACCAUGUACCCUUACCAGGCUGUGAACCCAGGUCCUAUGAGUGCUGUGCCUUUCCAGCAGUACGUGGAACCCUACCCCCUCAUGUCUAUGCUGUCCAUGCAGCUGGAGUACUACUUCUCAGUCGACAACAUGUGCAAGGACAUGUUCCUCCGUCGUCAAAUGGAUUCGCAAGGAUUUGUCCCUCUCAAUGUUAUCGCUAGCUUUAAGCGUGUCAAGUCUUUGACCGAGGACUUUGAGUUGCUGCGUCAUGUUUCCCGCCAACUUCGUAACGUCGAGUAUCAAACUGGUGAGGACGGCACCGACCGACUACGACCGCGAGAGAGUUGGGCUCAGUGGGUCCUACCAUACGAACAGCGUGACACUGCUGCCCAGCAUGAUGGCGUUCGCCCUGCACAGCUUGGAAAGACCGACGAGAACGUUCCUUUCAACAACCAUGUCGAUGCUCCUACCAACGGUACUCUUCAUCCCGCAUCACGACAAUUCAUUCCCAACGGCACACCCGCCAGUAACUCCCAGACACUUUCGUCCGCUGCUCCGGAGUUUUUGCCCUCUGCCCAGAAUGAACUUUCCAAUGUAGGAGCCCCCAAGGAUUACUCCCACUCCCCCUCCCACAAAGCCGGCCCCGGACUGGCUUCCCCCUUUUACCAACAGAAUUUCUUGGAGAUUGCAAAUAUUGACGGAUCUCAAUCAGCGCGUGGACUAGAUUCCCAUAAACCGACUCCCCUUCCCUCGCCUCUUGUAAACGUGGCUCAACUAAAUGGUCUUGAUGGAGAGCGCAAAAUAUACCGCUCGGUACACCCUUUUGCCCGCUCGACCGAUAAGCCACCACCUAGAAAUAGCCGCCUGCCGUCUGAGCCCAGGGAAAAGAGUCAUUAUUUCAAGAGGAGACCCGCUAGUCUCACCAACCAGUCCAAUAUACCUCGAAUUAAUGCUCCUGGGAGUCCGAAUUCAAAUAUACGCACCGCUGGAGGUGACUUGUUUACGGGCUUCGCUUCUUAUCAAAGCUGCUUUCAGGCUUUGAUGGAAAAUUUCAACCUGCAAAUGUACAAUGACUUUAGGCGUUCAGCCCUUGAUGAUUUUUUAACACGACACAUCGACACUGGAUUCAAUGUUCUCAUGGAGUAUUAUCGUGCUUCGGUCGUUCGUCCUCAUCGCCGUCUUCCCGAGAAAGUUCUUUCGGAUAUGAUAAAUUUGUGUCGGAUCGAUAAUACCAAGCCUCGGGUCCUUAUCUUCGAUAUGGUUCUAGCUUCUAUGCGAAAUCACCAGAUUGAUCACUGUAACUUCAGUCGAGUUCGUGGUGCUUUCAAUGAGAACUUCGGUGAAGCGUUCAGUCGCCCACCGAGACAUACGCGCUAUUGA